AUCCCUUUUAUGUUCCCUCCGAUUUCUACUUGUAUACUCUAAUCUAAUAGGAUUUAUAAAAGGAAUGACUAACUAUGCGACAUCGUAGUGGCUCGAUGUUGCGCGUACUCGACAAGUGUCUUCAGUCAUCAAUGAGAAACGAGCGACCGAGGAGCGCACUGAACACGACCCAGUGCCCGAGUGACAGAGUUUACGGUGUGACGAACUUCGCGAAUCAUGCAGAAAACUCGAUAUUUUCGUAGCUCGAACGAUUUAAACAUCGCCGUAAACCUUCUAUCCGGAAACUUAUUUCCACUCGGUGAUGGAAGAUCGAAGCUCUGCUUGCUCUCGAUUUUAUGGAUAAUCGGCAUGUGGAUCGUAAAAAUAACGUAUUUUUUCACCGGGCUAUUGGGCUCCUUAUAUUUCGCGGAAUUGACUACGGAAGAGGUGUUCAAAAAGUCGGGAGCCAUGGGUGUUCUGUCCGCCGAAGUGAUCAUUCCGACGGCUUAUCUCAAUUUACGAAGAAAUGAGCUACGAAAUUUAAUUGAUCAGUACAAUCUUUUACUCAUCGAUUCCGAUGAUUUAAGGCGUUGCGUACACGACACCUUGGAGCCUUAUAGAAGAGGCUUGAAGUUUUACAUGAUCGCUUGUUUCCUUGCGACUUCAGCGUGGUCAGCGGCACCGAUAUUGCUAAUUCUCAAUACCGAUAAGUUUACCUACGCCGAUUUCACUGUACCGGCCUAUGUGCCCGGUGAACCAUUCGGAAAAACGGUUUUUGCUGCUGGUGCGAUUUUCCAAGUUUUCGGAAGUUGCUCCAUACAUUUCGGAAAAAUCAGCGUAGAUCUUUACGUUAUUCACCUCAUUGCUGUCCUGGCAGCUCAAUAUAAAUUUGUUGGUGAAGAAAUAUCGCGAGCCCUUCGCGACGAAAGCGAUGGAAAAGACGAGCUCACCGUCAUCGACGCCCUUCACCAAUGUGUUUGCUACCAUUCUUCCGUUAUUCAAAUCGGUCGACGACUCACCAAAGUAUUGGCAUUUUAUAUCGGCGCAACUUAUCUCAGUUGUAUAUUGAAAUUCUGUUUCUUAGCAUUUGGAGUAAUAACGUUCGGAAGCGCUAACAUUGAAAAAGUCGCAUAUUUAGUGUACGUUUCUGCCUGCAUUGUACAAGUAUUUUUGCUCUGCUCGUCCAUCGAAGACUUAUUGACUGAGAGCACAUCGGUAACAGAAGGAGCGUUCCAUGAAAAUUGGUAUGCUCGUAGUACGGCCGUGAAAAAAAUUUUUUGCAUGAUGGAAGUGACAAAUCAAAUGGAGUGCCGACUGAGCGCUUAUGGAAUCGUCGAUCUCAUCGUACCAACUUUAGCAUUGAUACUCAGCAAAUCGUACUCCGUCUGCCUGCUUCUCCUCAAAAUGAACUGAAUCACCCAAAUCUAAUUCGAUCAAAAUCUUUUGAUACUUAUCAAAAUGUAUGCCAAUGAAAAUUCACUUCAAAUAUAUUGAAACGAAACA